GGGGUGGGGGGUCACGCGCUCGAGUGCAAGUAGAAUGGUUUUAGGGUGCUCGGGCCUCGGCGGGAAGCUACAGUCCCUAUUUCCAGCCGGGCACCCCGCCCGGCUCUUGGCGGGCGGGGGGCGCGCUCCGCAGUGAGUACCCCAGACACGUGGCCUGAGCCGGCUAGAGCGGGGGCCGAAGCCGGUAGGCUGGAAGGGAGGUCCCGAACGUUGCACUUGGUCCCGAGAGCCCCUCAGUAACGGUCGAGGUUGAGAAGGCUCUUUAAUCAUUCCUCAUUUAAUACCCUUGUUUUUACAGAAGGGGAAACUGAGGCCCGAGGACUUUUCCUAGUCACAAAACUGAGUCCGACCCACACCUUGGGAGCCCCACACUCUCCAUCACCCGGAAGGCUCUUCCCGGUCCUUGCCUUCCCAUUCUGUCCUCCGGCUUCCCAAUAAGCUCAGACCAGCUGCCUGUGUGAAAUGCAGGCAAAGGUGUACUCAUUAGAUGAGGUUCAUGACGUGAGGGCCAGAAGAGGGGUUGGGGACGUUUGAGCUGGGCUUCAAAGGGUGCAAAGGAGUUUGCAUGUUGAAGAUCGAGGCAAAGGAGCUUUCUACAUGUUUCCUGCAGGAACUGACAGCACACAGCCCAAAGACUGUCCUUGACCACCUUCAGCCAAGCCAUGUAUGUCAGAAGCCCUCCUGGCCUAAUGUCCCCAGCGCUGCCUCUUGCCUCCUCGGUCCUGAUGCUGCUAAUGAGCUGUCUGUGGCUGGUGGGGGCUGGCCCCAGCCUUGCCCUGGCUCCGGAGAUGCUGUUGGACCCCUGGCAGGCACACAGACUGCUGACCCAUGCUGUGGGCCACACGGCCCUACCCAGCCUACUCUUGAGUCUGUUGCUCCUGCCCACGCUGGGCUGGUGGCAGGAGUGCCACCUGGGCACACUGCGGUUCCUGCAUGCCUCCACCCUGCUCGCCCUGGCUGCUGGGCUAAUGGCUGUGCUGCUGGCAGGCCUCGGGGUGUCCAGUGCAGCUGGUGGCUGCGGAUACAUGCCUGUCCAUCUGGCCAUGCUGGCGGGGCAGGGUUACCACCCUAGAUGGCCCCAUGGGGCACUGCCACCGUGGCUGUCGCCAUGGCUACUGCUCAUCCUGACACCGCUGCUCACCUCUGAGCCACCCUUCCUGCAUCUCCUCUGUGGUCUCCUUGCUGGCCUGGCCUACGCAGCUGGAGCCUUCCAAUGGCUGGAGCUCUCUGAGCGGCGGCUGCAGGUGCUGCAGGAGGGCUUCUUGUGCAGGGUCUUGGCGGAGUGCUGGCCGCUCAGGCUCCUUCCCAACCCAGGCAGUGUGGCCGAGCUGCCUUUCACUCUUCCUGGAGUGAGGCUUUCCACCCCUGGGCCUCCUCACAUGGCCUCCUCUAGGCUUUGGUCCCACAGUGAAGACUCAGCCUUAUUUCCACCAGGCCUGGGGCCUAUGCAGCCGACCUGGAACGGCUCCACAGAGGUUGGCCUGGCCUGGACCGGGCCCAGCUUCCCCACAGGGACCCCGCUGUGGGCAGCCCUAGAUGAGCAGAUGCUACAGGAAGGGAUCCAGGCCUCGCUCCUUGAGGGGCAAGCCCAGGUUCCCAAGGGCUCACUGUGGCUGCCUAAGUCUUCCGUCUCUUCUCUACGGCUGCAGCAGCUGGAGCGCAUGGGCUUCCCCACGGAGCAGGCAGUGGUGGCAUUAGCAGCCACAGGUCGAGUUGAGGGUGCCGUGUCACUGCUGGUCGGCGGGGACGUGGGCGCUGAGGCCCUGGUGACUGAGGGGAAGGGUGGGCCCGCUCACCCUGAAGGUCCUGGGCCCCCCUAGCACAGGCUGGCCCUCAGGUGACAAGAGGCCUGGCUUAUGUGUCAGUAGUCCAAGUCCCAGCAUGCCAAGUCACAGUGGGUACAGGAGAGGCCCUACAGCACCCUGUACUGGUGCUGCUCAGAAUAAAACCAGUUCACUUUUCA